AUGACGGACGGCCGCUCCGCCGACGACGUCAAGGUACGGACCUCGGCGCGUGCGGCGCACGAGGACGGCAUCCUGGUGUUCGCCCUCGGCGUCACGGACAGCGUGGACGUGUCGGAGCUGGACGCGAUCGCGUCGAAGCCGUCCAGCGUCUACCUGCACCACGUGGACGACUUCGAGCUGCUCUCCAAGCUGCGCGUGCAGAUCGUGCGCAAGAUCUGCGAGGGCCUCUCGUGCCUGGGCGCGACGGGACGCGACGGCGUGCCCGGGACCGACCUGGUGAAGGAGUUGGGUCUGGCGACGGCUCCUGGAGUGACCGCGGUGGAGGGCAGCUCCUCGGAUCAUCCCGCGUUCCACCUCGACGCUUCCGCGAGCCUCAGCAAGGACACCAUGUCCCCCUCCACCCGUUCGGGCUGCCCAACGAGUUUCGCCCUGGUGGCCCACGCUGCCGUCUGCCCAUCGCGGUUCAACUCGGAGGCGCCCUGGAGCCUGUGGUCGGCGCGGUCUCCCGACGGCGAGGAGCAGGCCUCGCUGCUCGUCGACGGCCCCCUCGCGCUCCGUCGAGUUCUCGUCGCGCCGUUUCGGGGAGGCACACCUUCCGGCCGGCUGGACGCGCUCUUCGACGGCGAAGUGGCACAAGCUGGCGCUGUCGUCGCGCCAACGGCCGGGUGGCGCUGCUCGUGGACUGCCGCGCCGCCGGCUCGUCCGACGUGUCCGAAGCGAGGGACGAGGCGGUCGUCAAAGGCGGCACCCACCGUCGUCGCGCGCCAGGCCGGCGGGUCGACCGUUCCGAUCGACGUGCAGCAGCUGCAGAUGUACUGCGAUCCCGAGAGGGCCUCGCUGGAGGUCUGCUGCGAACUACCGAACGUGAUUGACACCAGGUGCGCCCCGCGAGUCGUCGUGGCUCCGACGCCGGCGCCGCUCCCGUCGCCGCAGCCCGCGCCGGCCGCCGAGCCUUGCACGUGCCGGAUCGGACGCCGGGGACAGCCGGGGUUUCCUGGGACAAAGGGUCCAAAAGGCAACAAGGGAGAAUCUGGAUUCCCCGGGAAGCAAGGUCGAGCGGGAUACCGAGGCUUUAAAGGAGCCAUGGGGAGAACCGGGGACGGUGGCCUCACGGGAGAGCAAGGGGGCUUUGGCGCCACCGGUGAGGUGGGACCCCAUGGACCCAAGGGAUAUCCUGGUCCAAUUGGGCCUAUGGGCCUCACUGGAAAAAAAGGAGACAAGGGGUCAAAGGGCUUUGUUGGACUCCAGGGAGAGCUGGGGCCUGACGGUGACCAGGGAAACCUCGGGCUGUUUGGACAAUCCGGGACUGGUGGAACGGGUGGCUCUCUGGGCGACCCCGGUUUUGAGGGAGAAGAAGGCUCUGCCGGUCCGAUGGGGCCUCAGGGCAUGAAAGGUGUGGAGGGGCUGGCGGGGAGCCGAGGAGAUGUAGGCUACACCGGGUUCCCAGGACCAAUGGGACCACAGGGUGAAAAGGGGGACAAGGGAGACGUCGGGAUCGCCGGCGUUCCGGGCCGGGACGGGAUGCAAGGCAUGGACGGAGCUGUGGGACUCCAAGGGCUAACGGGACCCUUGGGAGCUACCGGAGCGAAGGGAGACGUGGGAGACAAGGGCAUUGAAGGACCCCAAGGACACAUUGGCCGAGCCGGACCGAAAGGAGACAAAGGGACAGGCGGGCGUCACGGCAAGCCUGGCAAGCCAGGCCCCAAGGGGAUGCGGGGCUCGAUCGGAGACGCAGGUGAAGAAGGUCCCAUGGGAGACAUUGGUCGCGAUGGUAAGGGAGGACCUCUGGGACCCAAGGGGGACAAGGGCACAACCGGUGACAAAGGACAGAAAGGGCUACGAGGCCUCGCCGGCCAGAAGGGCGUUCUGGGCCAGCGAGGGUCCCCCGGCUACCCCGGCUCCCGAGGAAUCACGGGGCCAAGAGGAAGCCCCGGAGGCAAGGGUCUUGCUGGGCCACCAGGUCCAGCCGGCCCAUUGGGCUCGAGCCUCAACGACUCGGUGGUGGCGGAGCUGUGCCGGCGCGUCGUCAUGGAGACGGUGGACAAGUACGCGGGCGCCCUGCGCCGCACGUGCAUCGCGGCCUGCCCCAACAACGGGCGCGGCCUGCUCGGCUUGCCCGGGCCCUCAGGCCCGCCGGGACUCCCCGGCAAACCGGGAGAGCAGGGCCUCGUGGGAUUCGAUGGCGAUGUUGGACUCCGGGGUUUGACCGGCGACGGGGGCCAGCCUGGCGAUCCUGGAGAGAGAGGUAAAUCGGGGAUCAAAGGAAUCAAAGGAACGGCAGGCAUUGGGCUGCCUGGAUUGGAUGGCCUACAGGGUCCCGUCGGCGCGCCAGGAAUACCGGGCAUCGCGAAGGACGGCGUGCCUGGGAUGGAGGGCCCCAGGGGUUACCGGGGCCGACCGGGCCCCCCUGGCCAACCCGGCAUGCCCGGCGAGCGUGGCAAGUGCGAGGCGCGCGAUUGCGGGGCGCCGCCCUUCGGCCUCCACGCCGCCAUCGGCCUCCUCAAAAGCCACAAGCGACAGUCUUAAGGCUCGCGCGCAGGACUUCUUGGCCCACGCUUCGUCAUCCGUCUGCCGUCCCCCUCGCCCCACCAACCCCACCACCCCUUCCACCGGUUCCGUGUUUUACCAAAAGGGCAGCACGGUCCUCGCCCUGUGCGCCUCCUUGGGAACGUGGUGGCUUCAGCUGCCGCCCGGGGCCAACGUUACACGCUUAAGACGCGCGGGGGGGGGGGGGACUCGAGAGAGAGCGAGAGAACGUCUUCAAAUCCGGCUCUCUCGAUGGAGGCAGUUUCUAAGAGCUACCGCGGGUGGUGCGCGUGUUCCCGUGUGGGUUAAAGCGGCGUGCGGCAAAAGCGCGUGCGCCCUUGCUUUAAUGUUACCGUGUGUGAGCGCACGCAUUGGGAAGCCUGGCGUGCGCCUGAUUCAUGUGUCGUUGGCGAUCGCCUCCUUAACGGUCAAACUUAAAAAGAAAAAUGUUUUAAGAGAACGCGUCGAUCGACAUGCUCGUCGGCAACAGUGGGUACAAAUCGCGAGGGCGGUGCGAUGUUGCGCUGUGGCCCAUCUUGUCGAGGAGUUGAUCUGGCGCCUCCGCAGUUUAUUUUCUUAAUUAUUUUCGGUGUAAAAAAAAAUAAUAAAUGAAAAGUAAACAUUCCGCCGGAGCAGUGAGUUGGGUUGAUCGGAAUGCACACCUUUUUUUUUAAAGCAAAUGUUCCUUCACGUGGUGCUAAUCUAUUAUAAAAUAUGUCGUGCCCAGUGUUCAUACAAGUGCAGUCCAUACUUCCCUUUAUGUGCCUUGGGACUUCCCAGAUGGCCUGUGAACGGUCUGAGCAAAUCGCCAGUUUUUUUUAUUUUGCUUCUUUGAUUUUGGUCACUUUAAAAGUCGUAUUUUUAUUAUUAUUAUAUUUGCUUGUCCUCGCUGUGAAUAACCCGGUGGAUUCACUGUGCAAAGAACGGCAGAGUGAUGGUGUCCAGAAUUUUUUUUUUUAAUUCAGAUAGUGUACAAUGGUGACUAUAAAAUGUUUAUACGACGCUUAUUAUUAUUUUUAAACCACCUGGGGAAAAAACUUGAGUGCAAAAAAAAUAAAACAUCUGUACAUUUGUUUUUUACAAAAAGAGCAUGUCAUUACAUCAUCAAAUUGUUAAACGUGCGUUCACCAAACAACGUGUCGAGCUGGAAGAUUUACCCUUGAGGGCUCGGGUUUUUGGUUUCGGUGUCGAGAUGAAGACGACUUUUUGGGGGGUUGUUAAUUCAACGAAUUCCCCCCCGCGCCCGUAGUGAACACAACAAUCGAUGUAAAUAUACUGUGGCAAAAAGUGCAUUACAGUCAAAAUCAUCUUCCUUUUCGGGUCUCUGCACUCUGCACGGCGUUCCUCAAAUAAAGGCCAGAAACUACCAAGGAAUUGGCGCAAACGGUCUUUUUUUCGACACCCCGCGCCGACGGAACGCUUGGCACAAGUCACGCCGAGCGCGCAAAGCGCCGUCGCUCUGCUGCGUUGCUCUUACCCGUGCGCGCUAUUUGGUUGCCAUCAUAACGGAACGCAUUGUUAUCCACGGAAUUCACGUGAUUCUCUCUCGGUGCCCACCAUCGCUUGGCGCGGGGAUAUCUCCUACCCUUGACUUACGAUCGCCGUUUGGCUGCCGUGGGUGCCGCGGUGGCGGGGUUGCCCAUCGGCCGUUUAUUAUUUUUUUGCGCCCGUCUCUUGCCGCGCUACCGGCGCGAUCGCUGACCACGUGGGCUCUUGCAUCCAUCCAUCCAAUCCAAUCCGCCGGUACCCUCGGUUUCCACUGCUCCACUGCAAGUGGAAGUAUGGGCCGCGGUGAUUGUAAAAUUUGACGCACGCACUCCAAGUGAAACUCGCAUCUUCGUUACCAGCUUGGUAACUGAACUUCGCGUUACGAUUGCUGCGGCAGUGUCAACCUCCAACCUCUUUACGGCCGUAUGAAUAUCGAGCAAGCCAGUGAAUGUGAUUGCCCCAGUAGGUCAACUGUGUAAUAUUUGUGCACAAGGCACAAAUAUUACACGGCGCAUCAAGUUUGGCGAUAUGCAGUAACAACUAAUCCACCAACUUACCAAUGAUGUUUUUUAUAUAUUUAAACACGCAAUAAAGAGGAUGGAAUUG